GCCGCCGCUUCGCUUUGUGCGUUGUAGUAGUUGUUGCACUCGUGAUUGGGGAAAAAUAAUUCUGGGUUCUCAGUUGUUCUCGCGUCUGGGGGUGAUGGGGGUUGUGGUGGCGCUGGCGACCUCUCUAUGUAUGGCGUUGUUGGUGUUUGCCGGUGCGGUCACCUGCUCACCCGAUGAGUGGAAUCUUCGCCGCCGAUCACAGAGUGGGGGUUUGUGUGCUCAGCUUAUUCAGCCCUCCGGUUAUCCUUGCUCUGAACACACUGUUCAAACUAAGGAUGGCCACGUCUUAGCUCUUCAACGUGUUUCUUCUCACGCGGGUGGAGAUAUUAAAGCCAAUGCUGGCCCUCCAAUUUUGCUUCAACAUGGCCUCUUUCAGGGAGGAGAUACAUGGUUUGCAAAUUCAAUUGAACAAUCCUUAGGCUUCAUCCUAGCUGACAAUGGUUUCGAUGUAUGGGUUGGGAAUGUACGAGGUACUCAUUGGAGUCAUGGACACAUUUAUUUUUCUGAGAAGGAUAAGGAAUUUUGGGAUUGGAGUUGGCAGGAACUGGCUCUAUAUGACCUUGCAGAAAUGAUUACCUAUGUGUACUCAACAACAAACUCCAAAAUUUUCUACGUGGGGCAUUCCCAGGGAACCAUCAUGGCUUUAGCUGCUUUCAGUCAGCCAGAUAUAGUGGAGAUGGUCGAAGCUGUGGCCCUACUUUGUCCUAUAUCUUACUUGGGUCAUCUCAGUUCUCAAUUUGUACGUAGAAUGGUUAGCAUGCAUCUCGAUCAGAUGCUUCUGGCAAUGGGUGUCCAUCAGCUUAAUUUUAGAAGCGCUACGGCUGUUCAGUUAUUGGAUUCCGUAUGUGAUGGUCAUAUUGACUGUAGCAAUUUGCUCUAUGCUAUUACAGGGAAGAAUUGUUGCUUCAAUGAUUCACGAGUGGACUUUUAUCUUGAAUAUGAACCUCAUCCGUCAUCAUCAAAGAAUUUGAAUCAUCUUUUUCAGAUGAUACGUAAAGGUACCUUUGCCAAAUAUGACUAUGGUUGGUGGGGAAACCUGAAGCAAUAUGGCAGUCACCAACCCCCACCCUUUGACCUUCAGCGCAUACCCAAAUCGUUGCCCAUAUGGAUGGGGUAUGGAGGAAAUGAUGCUUUAGCAGAUGUGACGGAUGUAAAGAAGACUCUCGAGGAACUACAGUCCGAGCCACAGUUGCUUUAUCUUGAUCAGUAUGGUCACAUAGAUUUUGUGUUGAGUGUUACUGCAAGAGAAGAAGUUUACAACAAUAUGAUUGGGUUCUUUAGGUCAUGUGGAAAUUCUAGUAUUUCUUAAGUUACUGCUUAUUGUAAUGUCUGUUGAUUGAAUUAAAUUUAUACGUGUAAUUUGUAAUUCUAUAUGUGCAUAUGUUGUAAAUAUCAAACACUUUUUUUUCCCUCUUUCAGGGAGGGGAUCAUCAAAAGGAUAUUAUGGAGGGAAGUGAUUAAGGUUCCCUUCUUGCCUC